AGUUUUUCAUGGGCUGACCCGGUUAUGUGGCCUUGUUAGUUUUCGCCUAAUUUCAAAUAACAGCAAUUUCUUAGUGGCCCGUACACUCUGCAGCAGUGCGGUGCGGGCGUGCGGCCUCCCUUUUUUUCUCCAGUUCCUCCGGCGGCGGCGUGCUUGGCGGUGCGCCAGGUGCCCAGAUCUCCACCAUCUUAGUCGCCGGCGACGAGCAUCACCAGGUUCCCGAUGACCAUGGCGCAGCGCACGAUGUGCCUGCUUCGGCGGUCCAUUGGGUUUACAGGGCCGCAGGCACAGAGAGCCCUGAGUACCACUGCCGCGCCGGCGGCGGAGGGUGCAGCCGUGGCUGAAGCUACGGCGAAGGAGGCGAAGAGGAGGAGGAAGAAUCUGUUUGACGUAGUGCAGUUCCUGCCAGAGUGGGGCAUUGGAUACAAGGUUGCCAAGACCACCUGGCGUGAUGUCUCCUAUCAGAUCACCAAGAUCAACCUGUACAAGGAUGGUCGGCAUGGAAAGGCGUGGGGGCUUCGGUACAAGGCAGGUGUGCAAGCUGCAGACACCCCAACUAGGAUCAGCGGUGUUAACAAACGUGGGUGGAAGUACAUAAAAGAAUCACAGAAGAAACUACAAGAAGCCCCCAAAGUAGACGUAGCUGUUGCUGCUGCCUAGUUUGUAGUUACAUGCAUGUUUGUUGUAAGAUGAUUCGGUAAAUCUUUAGAUGGCUGUUGCCAGGGUGAGAACAGGGAACCACUUUUUUUUUGGAUCGACUCUAUACUUUUUUGUCGAUGACGACUGAACCUCUCUGCAACAUGUCCAGUUUCUCUUCUUUUCUUUUCCUUAUGGAACGAACCUUUACCGUAAUGUACUGAUGCAGAAGAACUGUGUUGAUUGUGGCAAUCUAGUUUCCAUUCAAAUGCAAUCCUUGUUUCAUUC